AUCAGAGGGUAGAGUCGUGGCCUUUCUUUUCCCUUUUUAUUCUUAUGCGAGAUAGUGUCUCUUCGUGUCGGAAAAAUCUACAUUAUUUGUUCUUCCAAUUGGAGGAUAGAGUAGAGAGAGAAUCUGGCAGAUAGAGGGUGUGUGUCUGUGUGUUUUUUUCAGAGAGAGAGAGGGCUCAGUUUAGUGAUUGGUGGAAUCUGUAAAGUUGUUUGAUUCUGGGAAGCAGUUAGUCUUCUUCAGGAAAUGCCAUUUGAUUGAGCCAUUUUUUCUGCUUGUUUUGGAUCUGCAACAAGAACUUCCGAAGUCUAGCAGCCACUAAGCAUUAAAGGGUGAGAGAUGAGGGUGGCGGUGAUCGGAGCCGGCAUCAGCGGACUAGUUUCGGCCUACGUUCUUGCAAAAGCCGGCGUCAAUGUGGUGGUGUACGAGAAAGAAGAGUACCUAGGGGGCCAUGCCAAGACUGUUACGGUCGAUGGUGUUGAUUUAGACCUUGGUUUUAUGGUCUUUAACCGAGUUACAUAUCCAAACAUGAUGGAGUUCUUUGAGAGUCUUGGAGUCGAUAUGGAGGUCUCUGAUAUGUCAUUCUCAGUGAGCUUAGAAAAAGGUCAGGGCUGUGAGUGGGGUAGCCGAAAUGGUUUAUCAAGUUUGUUUGCACAGAAGAAGAAUGCAAUGAAUCCGUACUUCUGGAAAAUGAUUCGAGAAAUUGUGAGGUUCAAAGAUGAUGUUCUAACAUACCUUGAAGAGCUCGAGAACAACCCAGAUAUUGAUCGCAAUGAAACACUGGGGCAUUUCAUCAAGUCACGCAGUUACUCUGAGUUAUUUCAGAGGGCUUAUCUUGUUCCGAUAUGUGCUUCAAUAUGGUCCUGCCCUUUGGAAGGUGUAUUGAGCUUUUCUGCUUAUUCUGUUCUCUCAUUUUGCCGUAAUCACCAUCUACUUCAGCUCUUUGGUCGUCCUCAAUGGCUCACCGUGAGAUGGCGUUCCCAUAGUUACGUUUACAAGGUUAGACAAGAACUCGAGAGUAGAGGUUGCCAAAUAAGGAGUGGUUGUGAGGUGCAUUCGGUUUCAACAGUUGAUGGGAGUUGCAUCAUAAUUUGUGAAGAUGGUUCACAAGAGAGCUAUGAUGGGUGCAUAAUGGCUAUGCAUGCCCCUGAUGCUCUGAAAAUAUUAGGAAAACAGGCAACAUAUGAUGAAUUGAGAGUACUCGGUGCUUUCAACUAUGUUUACAGUGAUAUUUUCCUUCAUCGUGACAAAAAUUUAAUGCCCAAAAAUCCAGCAGCAUGGAGUGCAUGGAAUUUUCUUGGAACCAUUGAUAACAAUGUAUGCCUGACAUACUGGCUCAAUGUGCUCCAGAAUAUUGAUCAGACAAGCUUACCUUAUCUGGUAACCCUUAAUCCAUCUCACACACCCGAACAUACCUUGCUAAAGUGGUCUACUGGGCAUCCUGUCCCGUCAGUUGCUGCAUCAAAAGCUUCACUUGAGCUUGACCACAUUCAAGGGCAGAGAGGAAUAUGGUUUUGUGGAGCAUACCAGGGCUAUGGUUUCCAUGAGGAUGGGGUAAAGGCGGGUAUGAUUGCUGCACAUGGUAUACUUCAAAAGAAUUUUGUGGCUCUGAACGACCCCAAACAUAUGGUACCUUCAUUGAUAGAAACAGGGGCACGGCUUUUUGUUACUAGGUUCCUCGAACGUUAUAUCUCUGUUGGAAAUCUGAUUUUAUUGGAAGAAGGAGGUACAAUUUUUACUUUUGAAGGAACCAAAAAGAAAAAUUUUCUAAAAGUUUCGAUAAAGGUUCACAGUCCCCAGUUUUAUUGGAAGGUUGCUACACAAGCUGAUUUAGGCCUCGCAGAUGCCUAUAUCAAUAGCGAUUUUUCAUUUGUUGAUAAAAAUGAAGGUCUUCUUAAUCUCUUCAUGAUUUUCAUUGCCAACAGAGAUUCAAGAGCUUCUGUCUCAAAUUUUAACAGUAAAAGGGGCUGGUGGACACCAUUGCUGUUCCCAGCUGCAAUAGCAUCUGCAAAGUAUUUCUUUCACCACGUUUCAAGGCAAAAUACUCUCACCCAAGCGCGCAGGAACAUUUCUCGUCAUUAUGACCUGAGUAACGACCUCUUUGCUCUGUUCUUGGAUGACACGAUGACAUACUCAUGUGCGGUAUUUAAGACGGAAAGUGAAGAUUUGAAAGUCGCGCAGAUCAGGAAAAUUAAUCUUUUGAUUGAAAAGGCAAGAAUAUGUGAGGACCAUAAAAUUCUUGAGAUAGGGUGCGGUUGGGGAAGUUUAGCUAUUGAAGUUGUUAAACAAACUGGAUGCAAGUACACUGGCAUCACCCUCUCUAAGGAGCAACUUAGUUACGCAGAAAUGAAAGUAAAGGAAGCUGGCCUCCAGGACCACAUAAGGUUUCUUCUCUGCGACUAUCGCCAACUGCCAGAUACCUACAAAUACGACAGAAUUAUAUCCUGUGAGAUGAUUGAAGCUGUUGGCCAUGAAUAUAUGGAGGAGUUUUUUAAUUGCUGUGAAUCAGUACUGGCAGAGAAAGGACUACUUGUUCUACAGUUCAUAUCAAUACCAGAUGAGCGGUAUGAUGAGUAUAGGCGAAGCUCAGACUUCAUAAAAGAAUACAUAUUCCCUGGUGGAUGCCUGCCUUCCCUCAGUAGAAUUACAUCAGCCAUGGCUGCAGCAUCCAGACUCUGUGUGGAACACCUGGAAAACAUAGGAAUCCAUUACUACCAGACACUCAGAUGUUGGAGGAAAAACUUCAUGGAGAAUCGAAGCAAAAUUCUUGGGUUGGGAUUCAACGAAAUGUUCAUCCGGACAUGGGAGUACUAUUUUGAUUAUUGUGCAGCUGGUUUCAAGUCUCUAACACUUGGAAAUUAUCAGGUCUUGUUCUCAAGGCCUGGCAAUGUCACUGCAUUUGGAAAUCCAUACAAGGGAGCACCUUCAGCUUCUUGUUCAUGUCCUCCAUGAAAAGAUCAAACAUUUUCCUUCAGUUUUUUGACUGCAGGGUCUGCUUAAGCUCAUUCAUACCAGGUCACAUUGUCACUGGCUUGUUCAUUUGUAUCCAACAGUACUUGAAUUACAUUACCCAAAGAAUAAGAAAGGCCUGGGACCAUGCAUUUGUGACAAAUUUUAGUUAUAGUUCUACAUUUUUUACGCUUUUGGUUCAGAUUUUUGAUCAAUCAGAUCUGCAAAAACUAAUUGAGUAAGGCUUGUUUAUGUUAAAUGUUUGAUUUUGGGGUAAAUGAAGACAGUGGGAGACAAAUGUAGGAUUUAGAUCUCUUCCAAUUCUUUUCUUUGCGGAUCUUUCAUAACUUAAAUACAUACCAUAUGUUACAUAACACAAAAAUACUAUUCAUCGACACGAAAUUAACAAAUUAAGAUUGAUCAUUUUCCGACACAAACUCAUAUAUAACACGAUCGGUUAACACUAAUAGUAAAUAAGUUGAAUUAAUGCCAAACAUAAAUAAAACGAAAUUAACCCAGAGUAAUA